AUGGUUAAAAGUGUAAAUGAAGGGGAGAAAGUUGAAUAUAUUAAGGAAGUAAAGGAAGAAAAAACAAGAUACAGAUGGCUUAAGAUAGGGUCUAAUAUUUCUGAGGAGCAGAAACAGACUAUAUCUCAAAUCCCACCAAAAAUGGAGAAUCGUUGUCAGGCUUUGUUGAAACAGAUCAUUUGCUUUUCUCCUGAAAAUGGAAGUAUAUCACUUAUGAUGGCUGCAUGGGUGAAGAGCAUGAAUCCCCAAAGAGCCGAUUGGCUCUCAGUUCUUAAAGAAUUGGAGAGGUUGAAUCAUCCAUUGUAUUUUGAGGUGGUGGAACACGCCCUUACUGAAGAAUCGUUUGAAGCUAAUGUGCGUGACUAUACCAAGAUGAUUCAUGGUUAUGCAAAGCAAAACAAACUGCAAAAAGCCGAAAAUACUCUGUUAGCCAUGAAGAACAGAGGUUUCAUUUGCGAUCAGGUGACCUUAACUACUCUAGUUCACAUGUACAGCAAGGCUGGUAAUCUAAAGCUGGCUGAAGAAUCAUUUGAAGAGAUGAAGCUUCUUGGCACACCGUUGGACAGAAGGUCAUAUGGUUCAAUGGUCAUGGCCUACAUUAGAGCUGGAAUGCUCGACCAUGGAGAGAGUUUACUUAGAGAAAUGGAAACUCGAGAAAUCUAUGCAGGAAGAGAAGUUUAUAAAGCGCUGCUGAGAGCAUACUCUAUGAUCAGUGAUAGUCGAGGAGCUCAAAGGGUUUUCAAUGCAAUUCAAUUGGCCGGAAUCAUUCCCGACGUCAAGGUCUGUGGGCUUCUCAUAAAUGCCUAUGUAAUGGCUGGUCAAACACAUGAGGCUGUCAUUGCAUUUGACAAUCUGCGAAAAGCUGAUCUUGAACCUAAUGACAAAUGUGUGGCUUUGGUGCUGGCUGCUUAUGAAAAGGAAAACAAAUUGAAUAAUGCACUGGACUUCUUGAUAAAAUUGGAAAAGGACGGUGUUAUGAUUGGAAGAGAAGCUUCUGAGUUACUAGUAAGGUGGUUUCGGAAGCUGGGAGUGGUAGAAGAAGUGGAACUUGUGCUGAGAGAUUAUGCUUCGAGUGCCUGA